CCCAGGAGAUCCAGUGCUCUGUGGCCAGUCACAUCCAGUCCGUGGUGAAAUCGGAGAAGAACCGUCAGGUCAUGUGUGAGGCGGGGAUGCUUAGGACCCUCAUGGCCUCCUGCCAUAGGGCCCUGACCACCAGCCCCAGCCCCUUGAACUCGGGCCUCAUCAGGGUUUUUGAAAAGCUUGCCUCCCAAGCCAUCGAACCAGACGUGUUAAGACAGUUUCUCGGUCUUGGAAUUCCUUCACCUCCAUCGGCUGCAACGAAAAUCCUCCAUUCAUCUUGUGUGCGCAGAGGGGACUCUGGAGGCUCAGGGUCUCAGGCUGCCGCAGCAGGGACACCUGAGGGUCCCACGGGAGCCGCCCUGGAUGCUGGCCCUGGCCCAGCAGUCACACAGGCCCUCAGGCCCUCGGGGACGUCCCAGGGCUCAACCACCGCCCUUCAGACCUCACUGAGCCUCAUCUCCAUGACCUCCCCACGCCACCUGCAACCUCAGAGGGCGGUCCUGGCUCCAUCGUUUGUGGAAUUUGACAUGUCCAUGGAAGGUUAUGGCUGUUUGUUUAUUCCGACGCUGGCUACAGUUAUGGGCAGCAGUACAGAGUAUCUGGUCUCUGGAGGGAUUGGGACAGGUGCUGCCAGGUCAUUCCCUCCGUCUGGGGGCCUGACCUUCUCCUGCUGGUUCCUGAUCAGCAGACACAGCACAGUCAUUGAGGGCCACCCACUGCGCUUCCUAACCCUGGUGCGUCACUUGGCCAGGACUGAGCAGCCCUUCGUCUGCUUCUCUGUCGGCCUGUGCCCGGACGACCUCUCCUUGGUUGUGUCUACAGAAGAGAAAGCGUUUCAGCCCCUGGACAUCAUGGAACCAGAGGAUGAUCCUGAGCCUUCUGCCGGGCGCCAGCUUCGGGUCAGGUGUGGCCAGCUGCUGGCCUGCGGUCAGUGGCACCACCUGGCUGUGGUUGUCACCAAGGAAAUGAAAAGGAAUUGCACCAUUUCCACCUAUCUGGAUGGACAGAUCACCGGCUCAGCCAAGAUGUUGUAUAUUCAGGCCUUACCAGGGCCUUUCCUUUCAAUGGAUCCAUCUUCAUUUGUGGAUGUUUAUGGAUAUAUUGCUACCCCUCGAGUUUGGAAACAAAAGUCGUCAUUAAUAUGGCGUCUUGGCCCUACAUACCUCUUUGAAGAAGCCAUCUCAGUGGACACUCUGGAAGUUAUUAACAAACUUGGCCCAAGAUACUGUGGUAACUUCCAAGCUGUGCAUGCUCAAGGAGUGGACCCUGAUAUAGAAGUGACGCCCCUGGUUGCGGAGGAAAGGGUUUCCUUUGGCCUUCACCUAGCCAGCUCCUCCAUCACCAGUGUUACAGACAUCAGAAACACUUACAGUGAGGUGGACAGCCGCCUGAUUGCCAAAGAGAUGAACAUUUCAUCCCGUGACAAUGCCAUGCCUGUGUUCUUGCUAAGAAAUUGUGCUGGCCACUUCUCGGGUUCUCUUCGAACCGUUGGAGCUGUGGCUGUAGGCCAUUUAGGCAUAAGGGUGUUCCACUCCAUCCCAGCGGCCAGCAGCCUGGACUUCAUUGGCGGGCCUGCCAUCCUUCUGGGCCUCAUUUCCUUAGCGACAGAUGACCACACUAUGUAUGCAGCUGUGAAAGUCUUGCACUCUGUCUUGACCAGCAAUGUCAUGUGUGAUCACCUGAUGCAGCACAUCUGUGGCUACCAGAUAAUGGCUUUUCUCCUGAGGAAAAAGACCUCUCUCCUAAACCAUCGAAUUUUUCAGCUCAUCCUCUCGAUUGCUGGCACUGCAGAACUAGGCUUCGGGUCAUCUGCUGUCACCAACGUUGGCGUCUUUCAACACAUCCUCUGCAAUUUUGAGCUCUGGAUGAAUACUGCGGACAACCUGGAGCACUCCCUCUUUUCCCACCUUGCGGAAAUCCUUCGAUCACCAAGGGAAGGACCCCGGAAUGCUGAAGUUGCUCACCAGGCACAGCUUAUACCCAAGCUCGUCUUCCUCUUCAAUGAGCCGGGCCUCACCUUCUCCAAGAUCCCCACCAUCAUUGCCAUCCUGGGCUGUCAGCUGAGGGGCCACUUCAGCAUCCGGGACUUGCUCAGAAUUGGGCUGUUUGUUGUGUACACCCUCAAGCCUUCUUCAGUGAAUGAGAGGCAGAUCUGCGUGGAUGGGGACCUGGACUCCUCAGUGCCUGCUGGAAGCCAAACAUCUGGAAAGACAAUCUGGCUCAGAAACCAGUUGCUGGAGAUGCUGUUCAGUGUAAUAUCUUCCUCCCAACUUCAUCUGUCCUCUGAGACAAAGGAAGAGAUGUUUCUGAACCUGGGGCCUGACUGGUUCCUGCUCCUUGUGCAGGGCCAUGUGCAUCCCAGCACCACUGUGUUGGGGUUGAAACUGCUGCUGCACUUUUUGGCAAGCCCCUCCCUCCGCGGGAAAUUUAAAGAUGGCCUGUGUGCAGGAUCCUGGGUGGAGCGCAGCUCAGAGGGCAUGGACAUUGUGAUAGAUAACCUGAAGAGCCAGCCCCCUACGCCUGACCAGAGCCCCUGCCUGCUUCCUGGAUUCCGCGUCUUGAAGGACUUUCUGGGCCACCAUGUGCAUAUUCCAGAAGUCUACCUCAUUGUGUCCACCUUCUUCCUGCAGACGCCACUUACAGAGCUGAUGGAUAGACCCAAAGAGAGCCUGGAUGCCAUGCUCCAGUGGCUCCUGCAGAAGCACCACAAUGAAGAAGUCCUCCGGGCUGGGUUGUGCACUGAAGGUGCCCUGCUGCUUCUGGAAAUGCUGAAAGCCACCAUGAACCAGCCCCCAGUCACGUUCCCAUGCACGGCCUCUCAGGAAGUGUGCCUUCAGCCCUCAGGAGGCUCUGGAGAUGACACCUGGGAACGGACUUUCCCGGCCAGCGUGCUGCAGUUCCUUGGCCUUGUGCACAGCACCUACCCCCAGGAUCCUGCCUGGCGGGCCCCGGAGUUCCUCCAGACGUUGGCUGCAGUCACCUUCCCUCUGGGAACCCACAAGGAGCCCAUGACUCAGCUUGCCCAGAAUGCCAGCAGCCCUGGGACUAAAGCCGAAGGCAACAGCAUCACAGAGGGUCUACAGGCUCCUGUCCAGUCACAUCCCACCCGGAAGCAGCUGAGGGAGUUCAUGCAGCUACUCUUGAGGGAGUUCUUGCUGGUGGCCUCCAACCCCAAACAGUGGCUGCCUCUGGAAAUGCUCCUGGAGGCUUCUCCAGACAAUGCCACCAGCCAACAGAAGCGAGACUUCCAGUCCGAGGUCCUGCUUUCCACCAUGGAAAUAUUUCACACGCUAAGUGGAGGCAACGUGCCCAUGCUUAGAGGCAGUAAAGAGCCUCAGCCAAAUGCAGAAGCUGCUGCUCCUUCACUCGCAAACAUCUCCCACUUCACCCAGAAGCUGGUGGAGAAACUGUACAGUGGGAUGUUCUCGGCAGACCCCAGACACAUUCUUCUCUUCAUCACAGACCACAUCGUGGUGGUCAUCGAGAAUUCCUCUUCUCAAAGGGAUACUGUCAUCGGUGCCUUAUACAGCAGUUUAAAUAAAGUCAUUCUUUACUGCCUGUCCAAGCCCCAGCAAUCCCUCUCCGAGUGCCUCAGUCUUCUCAGCAUCUUGGGCUUCCUACAGGAACACUGGGACAUUAUCUUUGCUACCUAUAACUCCAACGUCAGCUUCCUCCUGUGUCUCAUGCAUUGCUUUUUGCUGCUCAGUGAGAGAAGUUAUCCAGAAGGAUUUGGAUUGGAACCCAAGCCUAGAAUGACUCCUUAUCAUCAAGUCUUUCUUUCUCCAAAUGAAGAAGGGAGAGAAAAAGGAGAGGAAGACUUCCCAAGUUUGAGUGAUGUCCAGCACAACAUCCAAAAGAUGGUACGGACCCUCUGGCAGCAGCUCAUGGCACAGAGGCGGCAGGAGCUGGAGGACACCUUCAAGAUUGAUCUCUCUGUGAAACCUGGAGAGAGUGAAGUGAAGAUUGAAGAGAUUACCCCACUCUGGGAGGAGACAAUGCUCAAGGCCUGGCAGCAUUACUUAGCAUCCGAGAAGAAGUCGCUGACCAGUCGCUCGACUGUGGGACACCACAGCAAAGUGUCUUCAUGGAGUGGCAGCUUGUCUUCAGCCAUGAGGCUGAUGCCCGGGCGGCAGGCCAAGGACCCUGAGUGCAAGACAGAGGAUUUUGUGUCAUGUAUUGAGAACUACAGAAGAAGAGGACAGGAACUAUAUGCAUCUUUAUACAAAGAUCAUGUACAGAGACAGAGAUGUGACAUAAUCAAGGCAGCCAAUGCCUGGGCCAGGAUUCAGGAGCAGCUCUUUGGGGAGCUAGGCUUGUGGGGCCGAACAGCAGAAGCCACACUUUGCUCCAGGUGGGAACUGGACUGGAGAGAAGGACCAGCUCGCAUGAGGAAACGCAUCAGACGCUUGUCUCCGCUGGAGACCCUGAGUCUAGAAAGGCUCAAGGAAAACCAAGACAGAAAUGGCAAUGUUUCAGAAACAGAUGUUGAAAAACAAGAUGAGCUGACACCAAAGGAAGCCGAGAGCAGGAGAGAGGAGGUGGCGGUGGACUGCACCCAGCUGACCUUCUUCCCUGCCUUACAUGAAAGUCUGCACUCUGAAGAUUUCUUGGAACUGUGUCGGGAAAGACAAGUUAUUUUACAAGAGCUCCUUGAUCAUGAAAAGGUGACACAGAAGUACUCCCUGGUGAUCGUGCAGGGCCAUCUGGUCUCCGAAGGGGUCCUGCUCUUAGGCCACCAGCACUUCUACAUCUGCGAGAACUUCACGCUCUCUCCUGUGGGGGAUGUCUACUGUACCCGCCAUUGCUUAUCCAACAUCAGUGACCCAUUCAUCUUCAACAUGUGCAGCAAAGACCGGUCCUCUGACCAUUACUCGUGCCAGAUCCACAGCUACAGGGACCUCAGGGAGCUCCGGCAGGCACGCUUCCUGCUACAGGACAUCGCUCUGGAGCUCUUUUUCCAAAACGGAUAUUCCAAGUUUCUUGUCUUUCACAACAAUGAUCGGAAUAAGGUCUUCAAAAGCUUCUGCUCUUUCCAACCCAGCUUGAAGGGGAAAGGCAUCACAGAGGACCCCCUCAAUCUAAGGAGAUACCCUGGCUGCGACAGGACCAUGCUGCAGAGGUGGCAGAAAAGGGACAUCAGCAAUUUUGAGUAUCUCAUGCACCUCAACACCAUGGCUGGGAGGACCUACAAUGACUAUACGCAGUAUCCAGUGUUUCCCUGGGUCCUGGCUGACUACACCUCACAGACAUUGAACUUGACGAAUCCCAAGACUUUCCGCGAUCUCUCAAAGCCUAUGGGGGCUCAGACCAAGGAAAGGAAGCUGAAAUUCAUCCAGAGGUUUAAAGAAGUUGAGAAGACUGAAGGAGACAUGACUGUCCAGUGCCACUAUUGUACUCACUAUUCCUCGGCCAUCAUUGUCGCCUCCUACCUGGUCCGGAUGCCACCCUAUACCCAGGCCUUCUGCUCUCUGCAGGGCGGAAGCUUUGAUGUGGCAGACAGAAUGUUCCACAGUGUGAAGAACACGUGGGAGUCGGCCUCCAGAGAGAACAUGAGUGACGUCAGGGAGCUGACUCCGGAGUUCUUCUACCUGCCUGAGUUUCUCAUCAACUGCAAUGCCGUGGAGUUCGGCUGCAUGCAGGAUGGGACAGCACUGGGAGACGUGCAACUCCCUCCCUGGGCUGAUGGGGACCCUCGGAAAUUCAUCAGCCUGCACAGACAGGCUCUGGAAAGUGACUUUGUCAGUGCCAACCUCCACCACUGGAUAGACCUCAUUUUUGGGUACAAGCAGCAGGGAUCAGCUGCGGUGGAAGCUGUUAAUACCUUCCACCCCUACUUCUACGGUGACAAAAUGGACCUCAGCAGCAUCAGUGACCCCUUGAUCAGGAGCACCAUCCUGGGGUUUGUCAGCAACUUUGGACAGGUGCCCAAACAGCUCUUUACAAAACCCCACCCAGCCAGGACCACCGUGGGCAAGCCUUCACCUGGAAAGGAUGCUGUCCUGCCUGGGAGCCUGCCCAGCCACCCACAGCCCUUCUUCUACAACCUGCAUGCGCUGAAGCCCUCCCAGGUCACAGUCAAAGAUAUGUACCUUUUCUCUCUAGGCUCCGAAUCGCCCAAAGGAGCCAUUGGCCACAUCGUCUCUACCGAGAAGAGCAUCCUGGCCGUGGAGAAGAACAAGGUGCUGCUGCCUCCUCUCUGGAACAGGACCUUCAGCUGGGGCUUUGAUGACUUCAGCUGCUGCCUGGGGAACUAUGGUUCUGACAAGAUCCUAAUGACGUUCGAGAACCUGGCUGCCUGGGGCCGCUGUCUGUGUACCGUGUGCCCAGCCCCCACAGUGAUCAUCACCUCUGGGACCAGCGCUGUGGUGUGUGUGUGGGAGCUCAGCAUAGCCAAAGGCCGCCCAAGAAGCCUGCACCUCAAGCAGGCCUUGUAUGGACACACACAGGCUGUCACGUGCCUGGCAGCAUCGGUCACCUUCAGUCUCCUGGUGAGUGGCUCCCAAGACUGCACCUGCAUCCUGUGGGACCUGGAUCACCUCACCCACGUGGCCCGCCUGCCUACCCACCGAGAAGGCAUCUCUGCUCUCGCCAUCAGUGACGUCUCAGGCACCAUUGUCUCCUGUGCGGGAGCCCACUUGUCUCUAUGGAAUGUCAAUGGACAACCCCUGGCCAGCAUCACCACUGCCUGGGGCCCUGAAGGAGCCAUAACCUGCUGCUGCGUGUUGGAGGGGCCAGCAUGGGACACAAACAAUGUCAUCAUCACUGGGAGUCAAGACGGCAUGGUUCGGAUUUGGAGGACUGAGGACAUGAAGACGUCUGUUCCUGGGCUGGCAGCACCAGAGGAGACCUCAGCCCCACCUCCAAGCCCUAGAGGUCACAGGUGGCAGAAGAAUCUUGCCCUGUGCCGAGAGCUGGAUGUCAGCCUUGCUUUGACCGGGAAGCCCAGCAAGACCAGCCCUGCGGUGACAGCUCUGGCCCUGUCCAGAAACCAGACCAGACUCCUGGUCGGCGAUGAGAAGGGGAGAAUAUUCUGCUGGUCUGCAGAAGGGUAGGAAGAAAGAGACGGUGGAAGUCUGGCCGAGCAGCGUGUGUCCUGAGCUGCAGCAGCACCCCGCAAAUGUGGGCUGACGCAGUGCCUGGGGCUCAGGAGAGUCUCCCCCGAGGAAGGGGCUGCUGGCCUCAGAGACGCACACCCUGAACCACUCUAUGGCCCGUGGGACUUUGGCCUUGGAUUGUCCAAGGACGCACUCUAUAAAAAGGAAAGCACCCUGGGAGCCUGGGAGCGGUGAUCUGGAAACCGUGACUUGCUCACUAGCUGCCCACGAACUCACAGGACUCACCUUUACGGAGGGCUCAUUACGUGGGGAAAAAAAAUUGGGUCGCUUACUAGAAACUAAUGGGAAAUAUUGGAUUGUCUUUAUUUUAUUAAAACAACUAUUUUCCAGAUGCAA